AUGAGGAAAAUUUGGACCAAAGUGGGCGUCUUUGGCACCGUGUCCAUCGCUCUGGGUUCAGUGUGGUGGUGGAGGCAGAAGAACGCUUCACAGUACGACCUCAAACUGGUCCAGGUUCUGUUUCGACACGGCGCUCGGACGCCGCUGGGCUCCAUCCCUGAUGUGUUGGAGGCGCAAUGGGUGCCCAGCCUCUUGGAGCCUCCAGCUCACACCCACAUGAACUAUGUGGUGACAAACUUGGAUGGGGGGCAAAGACCUUCAUCUCCAUUGGAGGACAGCUACAGGAAGAAGAAGCUGAGUGGCGGCGUGUUUGCGGGUCAGCUGACCACUUUGGGCAUGCAGCAGCUGUACGAGCUUGGCGAACGUUUCAGGAGAAAAUACGUCCAGGAAUGUCCCUUCCUCACCGAUACUUUCUGCACUGACGAGGUCUAUGUGCGCUCUACCAACAUUGUAAGAACCAUCGAGUCUGCCAGGUGUUUGUUGGCUGGUCUUUUCCAGCAAAAACAAAAAGAAACAGUUCCCAUAAUAACCACAGACGCAGAGUCGGAAAUCCUCUACCCCAACUACCACGGAUGCCGGCUGCUCAGAAUGCUCGGCAGCCCCCGACUAAAAGAGGUGAGCCUCCUGCCGGACUUGGCGGCCGACCUCAAGAGCAUCAGAAACGACCUGGGAAUUCGGGACAAAUCUGAGGUCGAUUUCAUACUCAUCAGGGACGACAUGGUCGCCAGACAGGCUCACGGCCUGCCUUGCCCGCCCGCACUUUCCACGUGGAGAAAGCGAGUGGAGCAGCGAGCCGUGGACGUGAUGUUUCACUGCUACCAACCCAGCAAUAGGGAGAACUUGCAGUUGUGCGUGGGACCUCUGCUGCAUAUGUUGUUACUGAACAUGGAAGAGAAACUAAAAGGAAGCUCAUCAGAGCCCAAUAGGAAGUUGUUCCUGUACUCUGCCCACGACACCACACUGAUCCCGUGCCUGAUGGCGUUGGGCAUCUUCGACAUGAAAUGGCCGCCGUACGCCGCCGACAUCACGCUGGAGCUCCACCAGCACCGGCGCACCAAGGAGCCCUUUGUCAAAGUGUCCUACAUGGGAAAGGAUCAGCGUAUUCCUGGCUGCAGUGGACUCUACUGCCCCCUGCGGGAGUUCCAGGAAGCACUUUCAGCGUACUCGCUCAACAAUGACCUCCACCAGUUGCUUUGCAACAGCACUGGCGACAAGUCGAAACGCUAA